GACUCGAUUCACCCUAGCUCGAUCCGAUCGCUCCACGUCUCCACAUUCUCUCGGGCAACCUGGAAAGCGCUCCUCUCGUCGGCCCAGUCAACAGACAAACUCCCUGACUCAUGCAGCGAUGUGAAGGCAUUACUCCACCACACUCCAUCCAUCCCCAGGUCUUCCGACAUCCCGGACCGCGCAGAUGGGAAUAAGCUGUUCCUGGAAGGCUACUCGAAGUGGUCCGUCUCCCCGCACAGCACACUGUCAUCCGGCCAAAGAUGCGACUUGAACCCCACAAAAACGUCCUGUUCGCGGAUGGCUUACAUCGGCUUUACCAAGCCCAAUGCUUGCGACUUAUCAGAUGAUUACAAUCCCCACUGGGCUGGCUUUCAAUCCUCUCCACAAUCGUCCGGGAAUCAUUUGUGUGUGUUCGUCCUGGGCUGGUCCUAUGUUUUCUCUGCUCGGCUAGUAGAGUUGCGUCAGAUGACAAAAGAGGACCAGGUGGUCUACAAAGAUGGUAUGAUCUCAUGUAUUAUCAAGGAAGAGGCUUCCUCAUCAAGCUUCAUUCCACUCGAAAUAAAAGGUAGCGACCCAGACGAAAUCAGAUGGUGGGCCGCCGUCCUCGCAGCAGGAAACGGAUGGCAGGCAACUCUUACUCGGAACGGCAAACAAUAUUAUCCACCAUGGGAGUGCCAUUUGGGAAAUAGCCCGUUCGUCUUACAGCUACGCGAUCAAAAACUUCUCUUGGCCCUAUCGGGGUCGACUUUCAAGCCACCAUCAUCAGCGACGGCGCUAGCAUACCUAUGCAACUUCGCCCUGUCCCAUGAUGCGUUUGACCAACUGCUUGCUGCGUUUACAGCAAUCAUGACAUUUCCUCCACAUGCUCGGUUUGGCGCACCUAUUCGAUUGCCUCCGCCAUUACAGGGCGCCUUUUCUCCACAUCGGACCACCGAAACUGUGUAUGCUGAUAAAAUACCAACCAUAGCCGAAAUACCCCACUUCAUGGCUCUAUCAUGCAUGUCGGACUCUGUGACCUCCUCUUUAAUGGGAUGCUUCUGGGAGCCUGGUAUCAAGUGUAACCUGGCUGGUGAAUGGCUAAACCCGCCGCUGAAGGAGUUUCUACCAUCUCUGGCCGAGCAAAAGAGGUACAAUGAAAUUGUCUCUGCGAUGUCCCAACGCAGGCCUAGACUGGCAUCGCUGUGGCUUGGCUCUGCAAUAACAGGCCUAUUACCCAGGGUUCUGCAAGUCAGCAGGACUUAUAUGCCGUCAAUAUCCUUGGAAGCCGCCGUAUGGACAGCAUCUCCUCAGUCUUUUAUGGACCCCAAAUUUCACCGCCGGGCUGAAUUGGUUAGACACCAAGAACACGAUGCAAUUUUCCGAGAAGACGAGUUUCGUCUCUUGUAUCUCACCGACCUCGAAGCAGAAACUUAUCGAGCGCCACCAUUGAGUCCGUAUGCCCCUUUUGGCCGCGUCAGCCUUCAAGAUGCAUCUCUUGAAGUACGCCUUCAUUUUGCAUGUGGACACGAGUUACAUUACAUUUCGUGGCAGUGGAAAGGAGAACACGGGGAAACUAUGACAAAAGCAUCAAGUGGCGUUAACCUCUCUGAGGUAGCUACGCGGAAUACAUUUUCUUGGACACUAUUUUCCGACGGCAUCCGACAAGAAGAAAAGAAACUCUGGAACCACGAAUGGCUGAGCUUUCUAGUU